AGUUUCUGGGCAAACCUUGGGUUGUUACCACGGGCGCGCUUGUACUCACUAUGGCUACUUUAAAUAUCUGAAGCUAUUAAGUGUAGUUGUGUAAGAAUCCGUAAGGAUUUACUUAGUUUUUAGUUUGUCUCGAGCCUGUACCGCUGGAUUGUUAGUAGAAUUAGGCAACAUCAUCGAAAGUUAAGCCUUAAGCAUCAAACAAUAUUCAACGCCAGAUGGUGUGCUGACCAGAUUAAAAUUUGAUCAGAAAAAUUCAAAAAUACGAGAAAAAAAGGCAAGAAAAAGGUGGUUGACAUGUCAAUUUUAAUCGUAAACGUCUUUCACCUACUAAAAAUCUUUUGACAGUUGUGAAACAACAGUGUAUGUCUUAAAACUUUCGGUGUAAAGUGUCCUUGUACAGCCAUAAAACAGUGUAAUCAAUGUUAAGUUAUUUUAUAUACUUUGGAAACAGCUGAAAUCAUAAACAAAAUCAUCAAGCAGAAGAAAACGUAAUGUAUCCAACAAGAGAACAGUUUACUUGUGUUAGGUGUAAGGAAAAGGUUUUCACCUCUUGGAAUGAUUUUGAAAAUCACCAUGCCAAGCAUGCUGUCGAUUUUACAUUUUCUAAACUUCCGGUUGUAAAGUUGCAACAAAUCCAAAUUUCAAGUAUCAAGUCGAAAAUCCACAAUCUAUCCCCUAUUGCCAACAGAAAUAUAGGCAGAAAAUCACCUAAUUCCAUUGUGUCAAGAUGCUCCAAGAAUACAGGAUCUCAUACUAAGGAGCCAGAGUCUUCUGAAAGCAAACUAACAGAACAGGAAGACUUGCAUGCUUGGCCAGGAAGUUGUGAAUCUUCUAGUCCUGUGGCUUCACCAAGUAGUACACAAAUUGGUGCUUUAAAUAAAAUAGUGUCACCUGCAAGCAUGAUAGCAGUGGAACUCCAAGUAGAUUCAAAUAUCCUAGAUCCAAUAUUCAUUGAAAAACUAGGAGAGGAAAUCAGUUUUUUGAACCAAUCCUCAGUUGAUUCUAUAACUGAGGUUUGUGUGCAAAAGGAUUCUUUACCAGAAGUUGUUCAAUCAUCAGAUGUGAAUCUACCAAGCUCUUCUAAAUCUCCAAUAGCAGAUUUUCAGGCCAUUUCAGCAGAUACCCCUGCAAUAGAACAAACAAUUCUACAAAAUCUUACCACAGAGAAAAACCUAGCAUUGUCACAACUUCUAAAAGACAAACCUGAAGAUAAAUCUGUUGAAAUAAAGGGAAAUGAUGCAUUAAAUCCGGGAAAUGAAUCGCCAAAGGAAAUAGAGCUACCAAAAUCAAAGGGACAACUGCGUUUAGUUCCUUUUGAAUCACUUUUGUCUCCAUCUCGCUUGCCCGUCGAUUGCACAGAGAAGGAAACAACGAUAACUUCAUUCCCUGUCUCGCCAUCGAAGAGUCAUAACAGAGAACAUGCUAUGGUUGUCAUACCCGAAAGAAAUCUGACAGAGUUAAAUAUCUCAGGCCAGACUGCAUUGGUAACUCGUUCAGACUCUUUAAGAUCCUCUCCUGUAAACCCUGUGAUGCAACAGCAGCAGCAAGUUUUGCAAAUAUCUCGAUCAAUUUUACCACCUGCAGUGAUUAGAACUAUGCUUCCAAAUCCUAUAUCGUCGAUUUUGCCUCUGCCACAACAGCCGACCGCAACACAGUCGUACCAGUUUUAUCACCCACUAGGACAAGGUCGUCAUCAUCCACAGGUAUAUCAACAACAAAAGCAGCAGCAACAACAACAGCAGCAGCAACCAAAGCAACAACACCAGCAAAAACAACACCAGCAAAAACAACAUAAACAGCACAAACAACAACAAGCAUACAACGUACUACAAUAUCAACAACAACCAGUGUAUCGACCACAGGGGAUGACAGGUCAGCAACAGAGUUCGUACGCAACAGCCGUUCAGUAUAUCAACCGGCCUUCAAAUCAACAAGAAAUACGGUUUCCAUCGCAAUGCUACUCUACGCCUACCCGAGCUAUCCAACCUAAUGACUUCUGUAGAGCAAGUGUCAGUACAGCAAUGACUUUUGCCAAUCAUGGCUCAGCACACAUCCAUGCAGUUUCCACUACCAGUUAUCUUCACCAGACCACGAAUAAUCAAGUUCAGUCAGUACCAUCUUCCAGCCAUCCGCAAUGUCAGUUUCCCAUCAGUAACGACAUUUACAAUACUUCGUUACAUCAUACUAAUAGCCCUUUGCCACAUUACCCUGCUCAACCUUCUGCUCCUAUCGUCCACCAUGUUCAGUUGCAGAUCCCAUCUGCGCAGUCUACUCGACCAUCUUUUUCGACAGCACAGACUACCGUCCGUCAACAAACAGUGGUGCAUCCAGGUCAAGAAGCGCUGCGCCAUGCUCUAACCAGUUUAUCAGGAACCCCAAUCCGUGCUCAGCAAAUAAUUCAACAACGCCCUGGAUAUGUUGGUAUCCGGCCACAUAGUAUCCGGCCACAGACGUCCAAUAAUCUAAACUCAGGUAGUACACGUCCAACAUCUCAUGUGGCGCUCAGUUCGCAACCCGUGGGGAUCGCUUUACCGUCUACAUCUACGGCUUUUGUUGCGACUUCGUCAGCCAUCCGUCUACCUCAACCAUAUCCAAGGCAGCAAACUUCAAGCGCACCAAGUCAGCCUGUUAUGCAGAAACGACUUUUAACAGUCGAAGAAGGAAUAUCAGAAGUAUGCCAACCUCCUCGUAAAAUAGCCCGUGCGGAAGAAGAAGUUGCUGCCUCUACCUCGCAGCCCAGUGGAGACUGUGAAGUGCGAAUUAUUCAAAAGAAACAGACAGGUCUACCCGUCAUUCAAAGCGUAGAAGGUGGAAUUAACACGGUGAUCAUAAAAGCUAGUUCACAGGCCCUUCAAACGCCAUCUGUUGCGUCACUGCUGAGUAAUCCCAAUAUAACGGUCACACCGGCAAAAAAUAAGGAAAAUCAAGUCGCAUCUGAAACCAUUGCAAGUUUAAAAGCUACAAGUACCCCCACGUCAACAACAACUACCAGUACCAAAACUCCUGGUGCCAUCACAAUCGACUUAACAAACACAGCGUCUGUUUCACUGCAGCAUCGUAACCCUUUGCAAUGUCAAGUUUGCAACGAAACCUUCAGCUCUCAGUCGCUACUUAAAAACCAUUUGGUACUUCAUCUAAGAAAGGUACGUCCCGCCACUGUCCGGCCUACGAAUAGUCCGCCAGUUGCCCGAAGUUUGGUUUCCAAUCAAACGUUGGAAGUACAUUCUUCGACGUCGCGUACGUACCCGAGUAGCCAGAGAGGACGAACUAGCGAAUCGACAAUGCCUAGCGCGUCCGGUUGUGUUUCGGUGCCCAAUAAUUCUGCAACCAGCAAACAAGGGACACAUCCAUCUGUGGUCACACGGGCAAGCAUAGAUGGUGAAUCGAAUAGUUCGGCGACUGUCAUGAUUUCUAAUCAAGUAGGGGCAGUCGAUUCGUUCACCUCUCACACCAAAACCCUUUGUAGUCCUAGUGGGCAAACCUCUAGCGCGACAUCGGCCAGCACGUCUAGCAAUGUUUCCAUAAAUAAUAAGCUGGUCACGGGUACGAAGGGGCUUCAUUCUCUUGCCAUCGUCAAAACAACCACAAGGAUCAACGAUGAUGUAGUAAGCCACAAUCAGCAAUCCAAAAGCGGAGAAAUAUUAGGAUCAUGCUGGCAAAUUCAACCAGCUAAUUUUACGCCUAACUGUACAAGCUUACCUGUUCAACCUUCCGCCACUAACGAGCCAAAUUCACCUCUGAUAGAAAAAACAACUUCAUCUAACGAAUUUUAUAUUCCCAUCGUGGACUUGAAACGAGAAGAUGUUAUGGCUAAGCUCGAAUUAAUGGGAAUUAAUCAAUUUAUCCCUGCAUCCAAUUUAACAUCCUUUACUGAUCACGGUGAUUUCGCUAUACCUGUUAUGUCAGCGACCGCGGUACGACGAGCAGGCACGACGGGUUUCCCUAAUUUGAGUGGAGUAAUUAAUCUUGGAUCCCCUAAAACGUUUCCUUUUCCUUCAAAGUAAUAAUCUCUUAGCAGUUCUAGUUACAAAAUUCACGUGUUAGCGAAUUUCAUCUUAUGACAAAUAUAUAUCUUCUGAAACGCAAAAUAA